CUCCCUGCUCCCAUGCAUAGCUCGCUUCACUGUCACGCGCAGUAACCGUCCCAUGACACAAGCUGACGCGAGGACCCAGCUGACACCGGACACACGAGGGUAGGCUGUGUCUAUUUACCACGUCAACCGACUCACCGAAUCGAUGGAGAUACGCGAUAUAACUAAAGCCGAUCUUGAAUUCGGUCAAUAGGCGCGCGUCACAGAUUGCCCCCUCGCACUGGCAUCUCUCACAGCACAAAGGCGGAAACAGCUGGGCGAAUGUUUACAUGUCAGUGAUGCGUAUAUGAACUCAUGGAAGUGUUGACAUGUACCAAUGGUCCUACUCGUGCCUCUGGUUCUUUUAAUGUCUUAACUGCGUAGUUACAUCGAGUUCAUCCUACAAUAUUUAUGCUAAAUAAGAAAAGCAAGAAUACCGGUGAUAUUUGGAAAACCACGACGCCCAGACCUCAAGAAGGUGACAGGUAGGCGAAACAUUCCACAUGUGUCUUCUGCAGAACUAAGGCGCAGUACGAGCAUCCUUUCACAUAGCCAACAAACACGCACGCAGUGAAAUGACCAACUAAUUACAGCUCUGUGAAAGAAAACCUACAAUCCUUAGUCAGCCAGUUGUCAUAGCCUAUCUGUAGUCACCAAAUAACUUAUUUUCAGUCGUAACGAUUAACGGACCUUUUAACAUUGAACACGACGCUCGUUAUUAUUAGACUUUGACAUAUCCGUGUUGUUGUCCCACUAUUAGCCUAACCUUAUGCUGCACCUGACUGAGAGUAUAGCGGCGACCUUUUCCUAUUAAGCUAGGCCAGCAUCCUUUGUGUGCAUCGGGAGGUUGUAACUACAGGCACCAAAGCCCUGCCCUCCCUAGAACCCUCAACAUCCAUCAGUCGGAUAGGAUGUGUCUGGUCACAUGGUCUUUAAUGAGUCGGUAAUAAACCUUAUCGAUUCGAAGAUGGAGGAUGGGGGAGAAGACCCGAGGUCUGGGUUCACGGAGCAGGCUCAGAAAUGUCUUCAUGCUGAUGCAGGCUUCAUAUGUCCAUAUGUGCUGUACACAUAAUGCAGUACUGGCACUUUUGCCACCCAGUUCUAGGUCAAGGGCAUUAACAGUUUUCCCUGGGGCAUGUAAGACUAUGUAAGACUGUGAUGUGUGGGUUGUAUUUAGGUUGUUAUUGUAUGGCUCAUUGAGGCUGUUUCUUUUUCUCUCAUUCUCCUGACUGGAUGUAUCUCUUUUUCUCCUUUGCCUUCCUCUCUCUCACCUGCCCCCUUUCCUCCUCGGUUCAAUACCACCACUCCAUCCAGAACACACACAUCCACAAACACACGCACACAGUUGUAGCACAGGUGUGUGUGUGUGUGCGUGUGUGUGUACGUGAGUGACCAUGCCACAUGAGAACUCCCCGCUCCUGACCUGCGGACUUUCAGGUCUCAUCUCAGGGUUGGUACAGGAUGGACAGGAGGAGCCCCUUGACGUGGACUGUAACCAAGGCAACCCCGCCACCUCGAGGGCGCGGAGCCUGAACACGUUUUUCGGCGUGAUUGUGCCCACAGUGCUCUCCAUGUUCAGCAUUGUCCUAUUUUUACGGACAGGCUUUGUGAUUGGCCAUGCUGGCUUGUUUCAUUCUCUCAUCAUGAUGGGCGUGGCCUACGUGAUUGUCUCCAUGACGAUCCUGUCCAUUUGUGCUAUCUCCACCAAUGGGGCUAUACAAGCAGGCGGGGCUUACUUCAUGAUCAGUCGCUCCUUAGGCCCAGAGUUCGGGGGCAGCAUCGGGCUGAUGUUCUACCUGGCCAAUGUGUGUGGCUGUGGAGUCUAUGUGCUGGGCCUGGUUGAGGCUAUACUCGACUCGUAUGGACAAGAAGCAGGUUCCUCAGCUGCAGUGUUGCCUGGGGGUUACUGGUUUGGCGUGCUCUACGCCUCAGUGGUGUUGUUUGUGUGUUUGCUGGUGUGUCUGGUCGGCUCUCACCUCUAUACCCGCGCCUCCUUCAUCAUCCUGUUGGUCGUCACGGUGACACUGCUUUCAGUCAUCAUUAGCACGCUGGUCCUGGGACCAAUCCCCAUCAGCCUCAGUCACCCAGGGGACACCCCUAACUCAACGCAUGUCUACAGCACCAGCUACACGGGCUUCAACCUUAGUACACUUAAAAACAACUUGUAUCCGGGAUACACUCUGGACUACAGCACCAAUACAGUGAUGACGUUUGCCAGCGUUUUUGCUGUCAUGUUUAAUGGCUGCACGGGAAUAAUGGCUGGGGCCAACAUGUCAGGGGAACUAAAGAACCCCAGUGUGUCUAUCCCAAAGGGCACAGUCAUUGCAGUGGCUUACACCUUCAUUGUCUACCUCCUUCUCUUCCUUCUGGUCAGCUCCACCUGUGACAGGGUUCUGCUGGUCCAGGACUAUGGGUUUCUGAGGCGUGUCAACGUCUGGCCUCCGUUUGUCACCCUGGGUAUCUAUUGCUCCGCCCUCUCAGCAGCUAUGAGCACGCUGAUUGGAGCAUCCCGCAUUCUUCACGCCCUCGCACUCGACCAACUGUUUGGACGGUUCCUGGCUCCUGCCUCCAUAACCACUCAGGGAGGUAAUCCGUGGGUUGCUGUGCUCUAUACCUGGGCUCUUGUACAGUGUGUAGUGUUUGCAGGCCAGCUGAACUCCAUCACCAGUCUGGUAACAGUGUUCUACCUCCUGGCCUAUGCUGCAGUUGACCUGGCCUGCCUUGCUCUGGAGUGGGCCUCUGCUCCCAACUUCAGGCCCACGUUCCAGUUCUUCUCCUGGCACUCCUGCCUGCUGGGGAUUGUGGGUAGUGUAGUCAUGAUGUUUGUCAUUGAGCCUCUGUUCUCCUCAGCCAGCAUAGCCCUUCUGCUGCUGCUGCUUCUCUUCAUUCACUACAGAUCAGCCACCAGCAGCUGGGGAUACAUCAGCCAGGCUCUCAUCUUCCACCAGGUGCGUAAGUACCUGCUGAUGCUGGAUGUGCGGAAGGAACACGUGAAGUUCUGGCGGCCUCAGGUGCUGCUGAUGGUGUCCAACCCGCGCUCCUCCUGUCAGCUCAUCUCAUUCGUCAACCAGCUCAAGAAGGGCGGGCUCUUUGUGCUGGGUCAUGUGCACCUGGGGGAUCUGGACUCCAUGACGUCGGACCCCGUGCAGGGUCAGUACCAGCACUGGCUGAGUCUGGUGGACCUGCUGGAGGUGAAGGCCUUUGUGGACCUCACACUCUCCUCCUCUGUGCGGCAGGGCACUCAGCACCUCCUGCGCAUCACAGGCCUGGGCGGUAUGAAGCCCAACACACUCAUUCUAGGUUUCUAUGACAACUGUGUCCCUGACGACUACUUCCUUCAGGACCCGGUGUUCUACGGGGGUGUGGACGUACUCAACGUGGACCUGCCCUCCCUCCAGGCUCACUUCCCCCCCGUGCGCAACCACGAGUCGCCGUGGCGACUGAGCCCUGAGGAGUAUGUGGGCAUUGUCCGCGAUGCCAUCAAGAUGGGCAAGAACGUGUGCCUGGCGCGCUAUUUCCACCAGCUGCAGCUGGUAGGGUGCGGCACCACCCAGCUGAUCGACGUGUGGCCGCUGAACCUGCUCCGCCCCGAGAGCGGGGGCUUUGUGGACGUGUGCAGCCUCUUUCUGCUGCAGCUGGCCUGCGUCCUCAACAUGGCCACCACCUGGAAGCAUGCGCACAUGCGGAUCUUCCUCUGUGUGGAGGCGGAGUCUCAGCACGGGGCGUGGCCGGGGGCGGGCUGGCUGCAGAAGGAGGCGGAGCUCCGGGAGCUGCUCCAGAAGCUGCGCAUUCGCGCGUCCAUCCAGGUGGUCACGUGGGAUGUGGGCACCACGGCGUCGAUGGAGGAGGAGGGGGGCGGCAGAGAAGGCGGAGGCACCAGCCGCCGCGCUGCCACCCCGGGCGGAGGGGACGUUGGCGGAGGGGAGGAGGGCGAGGGCGGCUGGGCCCGGACGGCGCCAAGUGUCUCGGAGGACUUCCUGCUCUCGGUUAACGCCAUGCUGCGGGAGAACAGCGCCCAGGCCGACGUCCGCUUCCUCUACCUGCCCCGCCCACCGGCCCCCCCUGACCAAUCCCAGACCUACUUGGCCCAGCUUGAGGUAGUGACUCAUGAGCUAGGCCCUACCCUCCUAGUGCAUGGCCUCACCCCUGUCACAUGCACUGAGCUCUGAAAGAGAGAGAGGGAGACAUGCAGGGUAGAAAGGGAAAGAGUGUAAGGG